CCAAAAUAUUAGAGCUGCUUCAAUGCUGAUAUUGAAAUUGGUGGGUCGUCGAACUAACCUAAGGUUGAAUGGUGAUUGUUUUGUUUUACAAUUCGCGAAUUUCUGGCCGAUAGGUUUGGUCUGUCGAAGAAAACUGUGUCACGUAAUGUCCGGUUGCACUGAAGCGUUUGAAAGUGCCGAUCUCGAUGCAUGAUAGUGGAAUGUGACAGCUGCAGAAUCAGUAGUGUUAUUCCCUUGAGUUUUUUCUUGUCUAAUUGGUUAAAGUUGGUGCUCAAAGUGCUAUAGAUUGGUAGUGAUGAAUUUAUUGGUGGGUGGUAGAGGCGAACACGGAUUGGGAUGUUAUUACUAUAUUUAUUGUCAGUGGAUUCUAGACGUGUCGUUGCCAAUUUGGUUUUUGUUAGGAGUAGUGUGACGUUUCGCGUUGUUCUCGUCGUGAGAUAGCCAAACAGAGCAGACGACGAAGGCGAUGAUGAUCGAUUUCCAAAGAAAUCGACUGCGGCGAGUGAGUGGAUUGCAGAGAGAACCGGAUCUUGGCCAAGUGCAUCGAAUCUAGUUAAAUGCAAUUGUUGGAUGUUUGUUUCGUUCUACGACGUAUAAACCCGCGAGGAAGACCAUCUGAGAAAAAUUAGCAUAAUCUUCGUAUUUGCUAUAUUGUGAUUUGUGUUUCGUGUCGUGUCUUCGAAUUUGAUGUUUACCCACAUAUUCAAUAUACAGCAAGGCGAACCGCUGUUGUCUCUAUCCCUAAGUCAGGAGUUGAUGUGUUAGUGCAUGUUAAUGUGGUGGCAAGGAUUUCUACAAUUUGGAAAGGGGAACGAAAACAUCUGAGCCUUAGUAGUUUCAAGCAGCGUAUAACCAUUGUUGAAACCAGAACCUCACUUUCGAUUCGACAUGGCAAUUUUAUACAAGUGAGCAACGUGACACAUCAAUUGAGAAGUACGAAUAUGGUUUUACAUAAUAUCCAUAAUACGGCUCGUUCGUGUGAUAAGUCAGAGCAAGGGCGUUUGUCUGUGUUGGUGCAACCGGUUCCCCAUUAGAGAAGUUCCCAGCUCCAAUCAAUUAUUGUUCUAAACGUACAUAAACAAUGCACAUUUUCAGUGCGUCCAGUCAGUGCUGAGACUGAAGUGUGUUUUCCCUGCAAAGUGUAUACAAAUCGCCGAUAAUGGAUUGCCGAGAGCCGAUACUGGCCGCAGUUUGAAAACGAACCGAGCGAUAACUACGCAGAACAGAAACUUACAUGCUUGAAGCGAGAAGGGCGAUUGCAAUCGUCGUUGUUUUGGUCGUACACACAUUUUCUGGUUUUCGUUACUUGGCCGUUCGUUUGGGUCAAUCCAGAAUUGUAUCAUCCGAGUGAUACAUACUUAUCCCAUGAAUAAAAAUAAACAUGCUUCCCGAACGAUAUAAAUAGGAUCUGCACUCUACUUGCUGUUCAUCAUCAUCAUAUUAGCCAAUACUCUUGGCCCAGCAGAUAACUAACGACCACUCCACCCCCACCCCCCUCUUGGUAACGCGUGGCGUGGGGCUCUUUGCGUUGAGCAGUGAAGCGGAUUCCGUAAAUUUAACCGACCGUGUCGUGGGUGGCCUCCAUCAUGAAGGAGGAAUCAAACCCCAAGCCAUCUCCACCCACUUCCGGCAGCGGCAGCGGAAACAGUAGCCUUCUCGAAAGGGGGGCUGCUGUUGCCAUCGUCGGCGGCUCGCAGAUUGCAGUCUUCCCCGGUGCAAGUGGGUUAACGGCGCUGCAGCGACCUCCGAGAACUAUCUCGUGCACCAGUUAUGAUUCCGAGAGCGAUGAUUGCAUGCAACGAAGUGGACCGUCCUCGGUGGCGACGACCACGGCAACCGAGCCCGGAGAGAAGCUGGACGCCAGUGCCAGCGCCGGGAACAACAGUGCUUCCAAAUACGACUGCGAAGACUCCAAAGCUGCUUGUAAAAUCCUAAAUGGCCGGGAAGCGCGGAACCGAGCGGAGAAGAACCGCCGCGACAAACUUAACGGCUCCAUACAGGAACUGUCCGGCAUGGUGCCCCAUGUGGCCGAAUCGCCCCGGAGGGUGGACAAAACGGCCGUGCUGCGGUUUUCCGCCCACGCCCUCCGGCUGAAAUAUGUUUUCGAUACCGAGCAGGAGCAGACAAAGCAGGAGCCUAGCGAGAAUGCAGCGGGACAGAAGACCGAAGUGCACGACGCACUGUUCCGGAUGCUGAAUGGAUUCUUGCUGACCGUCACCUGCCGGGGACAGAUAGUGUUGGUUUCGGCAUCGGUGGAACAUUUCCUAGGACAUUGUCAGACCGAUCUCUACGGCCAAAAUCUGUUCAACCUGAUUCACCCGGAUGAUCACAAUUUGCUCAAGCAGCAGCUGGUGCCCAACAACUUAGUCAAUUUGUUCGACUCUGCGGUGUCAGCUCCAUCGACGAGUCGAACAUCCAGCGGAACGGAGACGAGCGCGGAGGAGCAACAGCGAAAGUCGCAGGACGAGGAAGACGAGAUUGAUCGCAAGUUGCGACAGGACAGGAGGAAGUUCACGUUAAGGAUCGCCAGGGCAGGACCUCGAUCUGAGCCAACAGCAUACGAGCUAGUCACGAUAGAUGGAUUCUUCAGGCGUGCGGAUGCCGCUCCACGAGGAGAACGACCAAGUGGUCCCUCGGGUCUGCAGCUCUUGAGGAGGGCACGCGGCCGCGACGAUGGGAUUACACUGCAAAGCAUUAAUGGGAAUGAUAUUGUUCUGGUAGCAGUGGCUCGCGUGCAAAAGGUGCCAACGAUCUGUGAUCGAUUGAUUGAGGCUUGCAGAUAUGAGUACAAAACGCGUCACCUGAUCGACGGCAGGAUAGUGCAAUGUGAUCACCGGAUAUCGGUCGUGGCUGGAUACUUGACGACGGAAGUUUCCGGGCUGUCACCGUUUACCUUCAUGCACAAGGACGACGUCCGAUGGGUUAUCGUGGCCCUUCGGCAGAUGUACGAUUACAGUCAGAACUACGGUGAGUCCUGCUACCGAUUGAUGACACGAACGGGCGACUUUGUGUAUCUGAAAACGCGUGGUUACCUGGAGGUGGACGACAGCUCAAAGAAGGUUCAGUCGUUCGUGUGCAUCAACACCCUAGUCUCGGACGAAGAAGGUCGACGGCUUGUGCGAGAAAUGAAGCAUAAGUUCUCCGUCAUUGUUGAGGCGGAUGAACUCCCCGAUGAAAGUGACGAACCGGCAGUCGAAAAUCCAACUCAAAUUGAAAAAGCCGUGCUGAACCUGCUGACGAACCUACACUCGGAAGAUGACGAACCAUCGGAACGGGCACUACCGUCGAAUACUUCGCAAGAGACGGAUGGGUCGGAAGGAUCUCAGCUUGCCAUAAUAGCACCAAGUUCAAAGGCCGUCAAGUCGGCUAUCGUCAAGAGCAUGAACGUGAUUGCGAUCGCUUCCAAGAAGAUGUCGAACGGAAGCAAUUCACCACUGAGAGACUCUACUGGAGCUAGUCCCAGAUCGAAAGAUCACUCUGGCAGCCCUUCGGCGAUCAUCACAAUGCAGCGACCUUCCGUUCUGCAGAAAGCACACAGUCCGGCCUUGGAAUCGCGAGUGCCUCCACUACAUGGUACCGAUCACGAUUUCAUUCAACCAUUCUCGCCGGCUGGUAGCACAAGUAGUAGCAGCAGCAGCAGCGGUUCCGUAUUCUCACCUGCAUCACACCAGCGAAACAGCCGAAGUCCGUUCGGAGGCAGCAUUCCGCCAACAUCUCCACCGGCCAUUGCUGCCACUCCGUCAACGUCGGUUUCACGAAUCGUUGACAAUACCGCAAGUGGCCACAGUCGAUCGAUCAGCGUGCUCAAACGGACCCACAGCAACAGCUGCCUGGACAGUUCCGAUGGCUCCUCCAUUGGGCACACGGCUGACUUUGUGGUCCAGAAGCGCCCGAAGAUCAACACCAUACUCGAUCUGGACACAUGCAGGACCAGGCUUUCAAAUCCGGCAACGGAUCUCAUAACAAUGUUGCCGCAAGCCUUUCACGCAGUCGAUCAGUCGCUGUUAAAGGUGGAUGAUGAUACGGCCAAGCUGCGGGCCCAAGUCAGUGGAUAUGAAAAUUUGCAGGGCAAAUCGCUGCAGCAGUUGGACAGCAUAGUGGAGGCAUCACACGAGCAACGGAAUGUGCUGCAGUCAAUUAAGCAGGAGCUAACCCAAUUCCAGUCCAACAAUGGAAGCAACGACCAGGAUGGCGCUGGCGGACGGGGACCAAUAGUAGUCAACGACCUUCUACCCGGUGGGGGCGCCAUCGUAGACGAUCUGGAUCCACCCUCGCUCAUGAUGGAGGACUUCCCGAGUGACAGCUCAAACCUGAUGGCCGAUCUGGACAACAACGGAAGCCUUCUGGAGGGCGAUUCCCCGCUGGAGUUUUUCAGCUCCAUCAACACUCCGCUUAUUUCACCCACGACGGCCACGGCUUCGGUCAUCACGUCGAGUAGAUCGGUUGGAGGAACCGGUACCGGAGGAGCAUCAGGGACGGCCGGAUCGUUCUACCAAGGUGCCGAUUUAAAUCCGAGUUAAUGAAAACUUUGACCGCGUGAUGGACGACCAGUCGAAGCGAUCCUCGUGGUAGCGAGAGAAUGUAAAGAAGCGCGAGCUUAUGAAUUCAGCUAGGUGUCGUUCCUUCAAUGUAGGAAGACUAUGCUGAAUGUUCAACGGAUGCGCAGAAUGUAGUGUGAAUGUGUGUAUUUUGUAAUAAAACUAACGAGUGUGUUUAUAAUGGUAGUUUUAAGGCGUCAUUUAAGUCCAAGGAAUACAAAGAAACUAAGCUAUUGUAGUUUACACGAUAUUGUGCAUAUAGUUUAACGUGUUGUGUAAAUCGACGAUUAAGGCAAACAUGAGUGAUAUGAGUUUUUCACAUUGAAAUUGAUAGUAUUGUUCCCAUCCACAAAAUUUUUCCGCGUUAUUGACUAUAUUAUUAACGAGAAUCGUACCUACGAAAAAAUAGAUGGCAAAAGAUAUAGCGAAUGAGUCUUAUAACUAAGUAAACAGAUGGUACUGUAAUUUGUAAGUUUGUUGGUAGUUUUUAAGAAAAAGAGUGUUUUAUUAUAAUCCUUCUAAAUAUAUAUAUUUUAUUUAGUUUAUAAUUUUCUAGCUUUACAUAUUUGAAAAUAAACUCAAAUAAACAGAAUACAAAGGUUUAACUAGUGCCCGCGCACGUGUAACAUUGAUUUUAUUGAUACACUGUAAAUAUCCCAAUAGAAAAAUACCCAUUUGAGAAGGUAACACAAACCCUGUUCUAAUGUUUAAUCUAGGAAAAUUUCUCGUUCUGCAUGAAAAGCCCGGUUAAGAGGUUUUUAUUUGCCGAUUGUGCGCAAACGGCAAACACUGUUAAACUGAUUAUUCAAUGUGGUAAUCGAAACAUGUGAAACACAGGACGGAAAUAAUGAUAAACCAAUAGCUGCUAAUGAUUGAAUAAACACAUACACACACACAUCGGCAAAACCAUUUCUUAACGAAAAGGAGAGGAGGCAACAAUUCACGGAUAUCUAUGGAUCCAAAAAAAAUCUUGUCUGUAAUGUGUACUUUAGUGUUUAAGACUAAAUCCUACCAAUAACAUACAAACAACCAACCAACCAACCAACCAACCAACCAUCCAACCAACCAAUAAAC